CCCGAAACUGAAAGAAAAAUACAAAAACCAGCCAUAAACUAAGUACGCGGCGUGCAAAAUAGUCGAUUAUAAUCGUAAAGCGUAAUGUAAAAUUCGUAAAAGUGCAGAAAUAAACACAACAAUGAAUGUGAUAAAUUAUAAUAGAAUGUGAAAAUUCAUCCACACACAUACACGCACACACAUACACGUCAUACACACGCAUACAUACACACACAGAAGCAAAGCGUAUGUGUGUGCAGAAAAAUAUGCGGCGCUUAAAAAAGAUGUCCGCCGGCGCUCAAUUGCAGAUGGCCCCACAGACCACAUCGACCCUAAGUCAUCAUCAUCCAAGCAGCCAAGCAGCACAACAACAACAGCAGCAGCAACAGCAGCAGCCACAGCAGCCACAUUUUGCAAAUCAUCACAGUACGCAGGCGCAACAGCAACAGCAAUUGUUGCCACAGCAGCUUACGCAGCAGCAGCAGCAGCAUUUGCAAACGCACACGUUGCAUUUGCAGCAGUUAACCACACAGCAACAGCAGCAACAACAGCAAGCGGCGGCGGCGGCGGCGGCAGCAGCAGCGGCGGCAUUAGCACAACAACAACAGCAGCAACAACAACAGCAGCAGCAACAGUCGCUGCAUCACAGUGCACUGCCGCCACAGCAUCAACAGCAGCUGCAACAUUUGCACCAACAGCAUCCACACGCAGCGCUGCAUCAGCAGCAACAGCAGCCGCACGGCGCUGCUGGUGGACACAGCAGCAAUCCGGACUCGAAUAUGAGCACUGGUUCCUCGCACAGCGAAAAGGAUGUCAACGAUAUGCUAGGACUCGGCAGCCUACAGCAACAGCAGCUAAAUCCAGGAUUGCACUCGAACAACGGCGCCUCCAUGCUUGACAUGCUCAGUGUCCAACAACAGCAGCAGCAACAGCAGCAGCUCAAUAGCACAGGCCCGGGCAGUGGACCCGGACCAGGACCAGGACCCGCCACUAAUACCAGCGGGAAGCAGCCGCGCACGCCUGCGGAGCGCAAGCGAAAACGCAAAAUGCCUAACAAUGCGGAUGAGACGGGCAACGGAGGCGGUGGAAGCAGCAGCGGGGUUGUUAGUGGCCUCAAGGUGGGCAAGUCGCUGGCAUUUCGCGACACCUCCAUGUCGAAGGCGGGCGGCAGCUUAGCGUUAAGUCUGGGCGCCGAUCGCUGCCCCCUGCCAAGCGGUGGAUCAGGCAGCGUCAGCGGCUCCGGGGCCGGCGCUGGUGGCAAAAGUGCGCGUCUACUGCUGACAGGUACCAAUGACAAGAAGAUUAACGAUUACUUCAACAAGCAGCAGCAGUCGGGUGGCAACUCUAGCCUGCGGCAACAUACGGGCAGCAAAUCGCCAUCAUCAGCCACGCAGCAGCAGCAGCAACAACAUCAGCAGCAGCAACAGCAGCAGCAGCAACAACAACAACAGCAACAACAACAACAACAGCACCAGGUGCAGACGACGAACGCGUACUCCAUACACGGCUAUCAUUCAACUAGUCCACAGACGCAGUCGCCCAGCCAACAGCAGGUGCAGCAGGCAGGCGCCGACUUUCAUUUCGUUAGCUCGGCGGCGGCGGCGGCGGCAGCGGCGGCCAAACAGCAGCAGCAGCGCCAGCAGCAGCAGCAGCAACAGACUUCCAAUGCAAUGGUUCCUCAGCAGACGCAAAUGGGCGUGGCCAUGUCACAUGUGGGCGUGGCGCACGGUGUCCUAAAUGCCGCCAGUCUGGGUCUGGGCGUGGUAGGGCCACAAGCGGCACAGCAGCAGGCGCAACAGCAGCAACAGUUGCCCGUUACAACAUCGGCGGCCAGCGUGGCCGUUGUGCCCACGCAUCAGCAACUAAGCACGCUGGGCGUCAAUGUCGGAGUUGGCGUUGGCGUCAAUGUGGGUGUGGGUGUUGGCGUGGGCGUGGUUGGUGGUCUGCCACCACCGCCGCCACCGUUGCCAAUGCCAACGGCUAUCAUGACGUACACGAAGGGCACCCAAACGGAAGUAUCGCAGAUAGAGCUGCAGGAGCGGGAGGCGGAGCAUGAGUCGGGUAAAGCGAAGCUGGACGAGAUGACAAGACUGUCCGAUGAGCAAAAGUGCCAGAUAAUGAACCACCAAAAGUCGAUCGAUCAGCACAAGUCGCACAUUGCCAAGUGCAUCGAUGUGGUGAAGAAGUUGCUCAAGGAGAAGAGCAGCAUCGAGAAGAAGGAGGCGCGGCAGAAGUGCAUGCAGAAUCGCCUCAGAUUGGGCCAGUUUGUGACACAGCGCGUCGGCGCCACAUUCCAGGAGAACUGGACGGACGGCUAUGCGUUUCAGGAGCUCAGCCGACGCCAGGAGGAGAUAACGGCUGAACGUGAAGAGAUCGAUCGCCAGAAGAAGCAGCUGAUGAAGAAGCGUCCAGCCGAGUCCGGGCGCAAGCGCAACAAUAACAGCAAUCAGCAAAACAACCAACACCAGCAGCAGCAACAGCAACAGAAUUCCAAUUCCAAUGACUCCUCCCAGCUGACCGAUCGGCUUGGCGGCAAUGCCGGCGCAGGCAGUCUGGACAGUGGCAUCGCUGUCGGCAAUGCCGCCGUCAACACAUCUGGCGCUGGCGGCGUUGGCGCUGGCAGCGGCGCUGUUGUGGUCGUAUCCUGCGGCCGUGGUCUCUCCCGCUCCAAUUCAACACAGGCACAGCAAGCGCAGCUGCUCCACAAUGGUGGCGGUGGCGCAGGUGGCGGCGUUGCAGGUGGCGGCGGCGGUGGAUCGGGCGCCAAUGUCGGCAACAGCGGAGGCGUCGGUGACAGGCUAUCGGAUCGCGGUGGCGGUGGCGGUGGUGCUGGCAGCGGACCUGGCGCUGGUGGUGGCGGCGGCAUCGGUGGCAACGAUAGCGGCAGCUGCUCCGAUUCGGGCACAUUUCUUAAGCCGGAUCCGGUGUCUGGCGCGUAUACGGCGCAGGAGUAUUACGAAUACGAUGAGAUACUCAAGCUGCGACAAAACGCACUCAAAAAGGAGGACGCCGAUCUGCAGCUGGAGAUGGAGAAGCUCGAGCGUGAACGUAAUCUCCACAUACGCGAGCUCAAGCGCAUACUCAACGAAGAUCAGUCCCGCUUUAACAAUCAUCCUGUGCUGAAUGAUCGCUAUCUGCUUUUGAUGCUGCUGGGCAAGGGCGGCUUCUCCGAGGUGCACAAGGCAUUCGACCUCAAGGAGCAACGCUAUGUCGCAUGUAAGGUGCACCAAUUAAACAAGGAUUGGAAGGAGGAUAAGAAAGCUAAUUAUAUCAAACACGCAUUGCGGGAGUACAACAUACACAAGGCGCUGGAUCAUCCGCGCGUGGUGAAGCUCUAUGAUGUCUUUGAGAUCGAUGCGAACUCGUUUUGCACCGUGCUGGAGUAUUGUGAUGGACACGAUCUCGACUUUUAUCUGAAGCAGCAUAAGACUAUUCCCGAGCGUGAGGCGCGCUCGAUAAUAAUGCAGGUUGUAUCUGCACUCAAGUAUCUAAAUGAGAUUAAACCGCCUGUCAUCCACUACGAUCUGAAGCCGGGCAACAUUCUGUUGACUGAGGGCAAUGUCUGCGGCGAGAUCAAAAUAACCGAUUUCGGUUUGUCCAAGGUGAUGGACGAUGAGAACUAUAAUCCAGAUCAUGGCAUGGAUCUGACAUCGCAGGGCGCGGGCACCUAUUGGUAUCUGCCGCCGGAAUGCUUUGUGGUUGGCAAGAAUCCACCGAAAAUCUCAUCAAAAGUGGACGUUUGGAGCGUGGGCGUGAUAUUCUAUCAAUGUUUAUAUGGGAAGAAGCCGUUUGGCCAUAAUCAAUCGCAGGCAACAAUUCUCGAGGAGAAUACCAUACUGAAGGCCACCGAGGUGCAGUUCUCCAACAAACCAACUGUUUCCAACGAGGCAAAGAGUUUCAUACGUGGCUGUUUGGCCUAUCGAAAGGAGGAUCGCAUGGAUGUGUUUGCAUUGGCACGACACGAGUAUAUACAGCCGCCCAUACCGAAGCACGGUCGGGGCUCUCUGAAUCAACAGCAGGCGCAACAGCAGCAGCAACAACAGCAGCAGCAACAGCAACAACAGUCGUCCACGUCGCAAGCGAAUUCGGCGGGGCAAACCUCGUUCUCAGCCCACAUGUUUGGCAAUAUGAAUCAGUCCAGCUCGUCCUAGCUGCCAACUAAAC